GCCGCGAACCUGCCCACCGCGGAGGAUCCGUCGUCGUGUCAAGGUCAGUAGCGACGGGCAGCGGACUUUUACAGUGUGAACCGAUAUACUUUAUCGAGUUCACGUACUCAGUCGUUGGAGAACCGACAGAGAGUAUCGUACGAGGCACCGAAUCUCUCUCGGUAGGGGUAAAGAAAAAAGAUCAGUGGAAGCAGAAGACGAAGAGGACAAUAACGACGACGAAGAAGAACAAGUAGACGCAGAGGAAGAAGAAGGAGAAGAAGACGAAGAAGAAGGAGAAGAGGAAGGAGAAGAAGAAGAAGACGACCACAAAACUCCAACAGCCGAGAUCAGAGUGAGUGACACAGAAAAAGAGAGGAAAAGCGAGUGCAAGAGAAAGGGCGAGCCCGCUCGUUAGAGGAGAGGGGUGAUAGCUUAAUCAGACGAGGUCCGACUCUCUGCAAGCCUUCGAGUGGCACGGCGGUCGAGCAGUGGUGCAGCAGCGUGCGUGCAACCGUCCGAGGUGGGACCGCCGCUUCUCGAAAGGAAUUCCCCGAAUCGGGAGGAUCUUCAACUGGUCAAAGGGAGCCGGGCCGAGCGGCGAUUCAGCCGCGCAGACCAUCGACACACGUGCCCCGACAGGACGCCAGUAUGGAAACAUAGAUCCUCGAGCAACGAUCCAACGGUCUCUCCGAUCGAGUAACGCAAUUCGAAGGGACUCGAGGAAACUGCCAUUGAAAAGACGGAUUUCGAGCGGGAUCACGGUGAACGGCGUCGAAGAGAGAAAACGGACACGGCAUCCAAUUUUCUCUUGGUUUUUCUAAUUCCUGGUGUUUUCGAUUGCUAAUUUGCUGUUCGUUGAUGUGGUUACGUGUAACCAAUUGAAAGUGUAAAACUGUGAACUAGGAAGACCCUGUGAUGGUCUGCUAGACGUCAAGUCAUCAUCCAACUGUACUGCUACGGGAUCACUUCGACGGCUCGAUAAGGAGCAAUGGCCACGCAAUCCGACAUUCCCUACCCGGAAAUGAACAAUUCCGUGGACAGAAGCAACCGGACGCGCAGCAUCGUGACUCUGAAUGCCAGCUGUUUCAGAAAGACGGGGAGUCUCAGCAGUCUGCUGGCCCGAUUCCUCUCGAUUUACUGGAGAUCGUUCGUGAUCGUACUAUGGCCGCUGAUUCUAUUGCCAGUCAUCUUCGUCGUAAACACCACCGAGGUGAUAGCGAUGCGAUGCCUUUACGUCGUCAGCUUGAUGGCGAUGUUCUGGAUGACCGAGGUACUACCUUUGCCGAUCACCGGACUGAUCCCCGUUGUCCUCUAUCCGCUGAUGGGCAUAAUGAGCACCAGCGACACUUGCGCCUGCUAUAUGAACGACACGACGAUGAUGUUUAUCGGUAGCAUGGUGAUAGCGGUGGUGAUCGAGAACUCCGGCCUCCACAUGCGCGUGGCGUUGUUGAUCAUCAAGACGAUCGGGUGCAGUCAUCGAAGAUUAACGCUGGGCCUAUUCUUCGUGACCAUGUUCCUGUCCAUGUGGAUCUCGAACACCGCAGCUACCGCGAUGAUGUUACCAAUCAUCGAGACCGUUCUCCUUGAAAUCGAAGCGCAAGGCUUGGGUAGCAUGUUCGUGCAGGAUGACAGCGACUGCGGUGGUGAGGACGGAGCAGCCGAAGAGUCGCAGAAGAAACCAACGCGCACCACCAUGGUUUAUUAUCUGGUGGCAGCAUACGCUUCUAGUCUUGGCGGUAUUGGCACGUUAGUCGGUACUGGCACCAAUUUAACGUUGAAAGGAUUCUUUGAGAAACGCUUCCCGAACAGUCCUGGCAUCAGUCUAACUUCGUGGAUGCUUUACUCGGUUCCUCCCAUGCUUAUAAUGGGACUCCUGACGUGGCUGUGGCUUCAAGUGAUGUAUAUGGGAAUGUUCCGGCCAGACAGUAAGGAUGCGAGUGCCAUUGAUAUAGGUCCACACGGGGAAAAAGUUGCUGCUACCGUGAUCGAAAACAAGUACAAGGAACUUGGACCGAUCACAUGGCACGAAUCGUGCGUCGGCAUCCUUUUUAUCACGGUUGUCCUACUUUGGUUCUUCAGGAGUCCUGGAUUCGCUCCUGGUUGGCCAACUUACAUCACCAAUUUGCAAGUGAAAGAUUCAACGGCGGCCACUUUCGUUACCCUUCUGUUCUUUGUGUUGCCGUCUAAGCUUGAUUUCUUGCGAUCGUUCGACGCGGAUCCUGCUAAACGACCUAGCAAACCAUCACCUGGCAUGAUCACCUGGAAAAUGAUACAUCAGAAGAUGCACUGGAGCUUGAUCUUGGUAUUAGGCGGCGGUUUCGCCAUCUCGGCCGGCAGUACUACUUCGAACCUCUCUUCCAUUCUAGGGCACGCUCUGAUCGCUUUGCAAUCGAUCGAUCCCGUCGUUAUAUUGUUCAUCGUCUGCUUGUUCGCGGAAACUGUAACUGAGCUGACAUCUAACGUUGCCGUUGCCAACAUUAUUCUACCAGUAUUGGCCGAAAUGAGCAUUGCUAUGAGAAUACAUCCUUUGUACUUGAUGCUGCCGGCCACCCUUUGUUGUUCCUUUUCAUUUCACCUACCCGUAGGAACACCCCCAAAUGCAAUCGUCACUGCUGCGGCCCAUAUAAAAACCAAGGAUUUUGCAAUAGCCGGAAUAGGGCCAAGUAUCAUCACACUUUUUGUUACAACAAUUGCAUUUUCCACUUGGGGCACUUAUGUUUUUAAUUUAUCUGAGUUCCCUGAUUGGGCGACUUAAACAUUUUUUUUUCUAUAGUAAAACAUCUAUCCUACAUGUUUGCCUUGUGAUAAUCGAACCACUCCUAAGCUGUGUCCGAUUCGAUGUGCAAUAGAAUAUGCGUUACAUUUCUUUUGCGUCACUUUGCAACAACACUUAUCAGUUUAUCAAACAUUCAAUGCCGUAACAGAUAACACAUCUUAUUUUCGGUUAAUAUAAAUGAACUAAUGCUUCCUUUUCCAGUAUUAUUGUUAGAGAUUAUUUUUAAAAGCAAUCAUAGUUGAUCAUAGUCUACAUCGUGUUAAAUAUGUAUACAUUAUACAAAAUUAAGUUAUUAGAAAAAUGAAAGAAAGAGAAAGAAAUUGGAGAUAAGAAGAAGGAAAACAAUAAAGUGGCUUACCAUCUAUAGGUGUGUCAUAAUUUGUGGAGGUAUUCACUUCUUUUCCCAUAUUUUUGGUUCACAGUACUCCAAACUAGUUGAACAAUUCACUAUCUGGUCAUCCACGACGUGUCAACCUUUAUCUUCUUAUAUUAUAACAUCAAAAUAAACGUAUUCAAAAGGCGGGAACAUAACCUAUAAUAUCCACCGGAACGAAAUAUUCUUUAUCAGAAAACAUACUAGCGGUUUUGAAGUAAAAUUUCUCAAUUAUUAAGAAAUUAUUAUUUAACAGUCAUUUAAAAAUACCUGAUUUACUGUAACCUCAACCAAAAUGUUCAGGAACGUGUGUGAUUCAUUCUAAUCCUCUGCCACCUACGCUAUGCAAUCAAUUUCACUGAUACCGGCUAUUUAUUCAAUUCGUUUUCGAGUUUAAUGGAAGACGUUGAAUUUUUCAAAAACUAAUACGUCCACAAAAAAAUAACUGUCCAUCACUAUUUUUUAAUAACUUGUCCUAAUAUCUUUAACACUCUUUAAUCAACAUUCUGAAAUCUGUCUACAGAUCUGAAAUACCGACGCUAUCAAAAAUACUCC